AUGAUGAAGAAAAAUAAGCCAACAACUAGAAAAGUUGUGAGGAUUCUUACAAAUAGAGCAGGAAAAACAGAAUUUGAGAUUAUUAAAUCAGUUAAUUCGGAGCUGCAGGAGAUAGAAGGAGAAAUUGAGAAGCUGUUUUCGAGGAAAAGUGAAGAUAUCGGGAAAUUGGACGAAAAAAACAUUCUUGAUAUGGAUAUAGGCAAUUUUCAGGGUCUUCCGAAGCCAACUAAGAGAAUUAUCCAUGAACUAGUACCGAUUGAUGAGAUACUUAGUCAGAUUAAUUCGUCUGAUAUAAGCUUAUCAUUUAGCAAAGAAAAAUGUCAAAAUUCAAACGAGCUUUUUACUUUCAGAAAAGAUAAUUAA